UUGGCCCGCGCUGCACCGCCCCGUUGCUUCCUUGCAGCCGCGAGCUUUGGAGGCCGGGAGCGGUGGGACUUGGGCGGGCUGAGAUUUGUGCUGGGAAGGUUGCCGGACUUGGAUCGGAGCAGCACUUAGGAGACGCGGUGCAGUCGAACAGAGCCAUCAUGGGGACAACAGCCCUGGGGCCCAUUCACCUGCUGGAGCUCUGUGACCAGAAGCUCAUAGAGUUUGUCUGCAACGUGGACAAUAAGGACAUGGUGUGGCUGGAGGAGAUCGAGGAGGAGGCCGAGCGCAUGUUCACCAGAGAAUUCAGCAAAGAGCCCGAGCUGAUGCCCAAAACACCUUCUCAGAAGAACCGACGGAAAAAGAGACGGAUUUCUUAUGUUCAGGAUGAAAACAGAGACCCCAUCCGGAGAAGCAGGUUGUCCCGCAGAAAGACGCGCAGCAGCCAUCAGAGCUCCCGGCACCUCCGCAGCAAGGACAAGGUGGAGAGGCUGGCCACAGUGGUGGGCGAGAACGGCUCCGUCCUGCGGCGGGUGACCCGUGCUGCGGCCGCAGCUGCAGCGACCUCCGCGGCAGCCACGCCUUCGCCCACCCCUGAGUCUCCCACGGUGCUGGCCAAGAAGCCCAAGGAGAGCCUGGCCCAGUGCCAGCUGGUACCCAUGGUGGAGAUUGGCGUCAGUGAGCGCCGGAGCGCUGAGCAGCACCUCAGCCAGCUCCAGUCUGCCCAGGCUCCACCCCCCAGCCCGGCUCCGGCCGCUGCUCUGGCCUCCCAGAUCACCUUGACCUCGGAGGAGGACUCAACACCCCAGAAGCCAGAGGCCGGGAGACUGGAGUCUGUCACCGUGAGCUCCCUGAUAACUACACCCCAGGACCCCAAGGGUCGAGGGGUCGGAGCAGGACGGUCCGCCUCCAAGCUCAGAAUUGCCGCAACCUCCCCAGGCCCGCAGGACUCGCCCAGCUCUCCGGCCUCCCCGUGGCGGGAGCGGGUGCUGGCUCCCAUCCUGCCGGAUAACUUCUCCACGCCCACGGGCUCCCGUGUGGACCGCAGGUCGGUGCGGCGCAGCCUGAUCGCCCCGUCCUCCCCGGGUCCCCAGGUCUCGCUGGCCCAGAAUUACGCCCUGGUUUCCAAAGAGGAGAGCACCGUCCGAAGAUCAAGCAGAAGGAUUGCCAGGAAGGCCACCAAAGAGCCGGCCGCCUCCGCCCGCAUCAUCUGCCACAGUUACCUGGAGAGGCUCCUGAAUGUCGAGGUGCCCCAGAAAGUGAGCCCCAAGGCGGAGGAGCCCAGCAAGGAAGCUGAGCCAGAGGAGGCGGCCGAGCCGGAGGUCCCCAAGAACAAUGGCAGUGCCUUGCGGCUCCGCAGUGCCACCAAGAUCGCCAUUAGCACGCCCGGCUCGCAGCCUGCAGCCAGUGGCCAGGGGACGCCCUCUGAAGGGCGGCAGGAGGCCAAGACUGACCAAGCAGAUGGCCCCAAGGAGCCGCCUCAGAGUGUCAGGAGGAAGCGCAGCUACAAGCAGGCCGUGAGUGAGCUGGACGAGGAGCAGCAGCUGGAGGGUGAGGAGCUGCAGCCCCCCAGGAGCAAGACCCCUUCCCCGCCCUGUGCCGCCAGCAAGGUGGUGCGGCCCCUCCGGACCUUCCUGCACAGCGUGCAGAGGAACCAGACGCUCAUGACCCCGACCUCGACCCCUCACAGCAGCAGCAUGAAAUCCUUCAUGAAGCGCAACACUCCCCUGCGCGUGGACCCCAAGGGCUCAGGUGAGGGCACUCGUGACGCAGGCCCUUGGGAGGCCUUUGGGGUCGUCCUGGCCCAGCGCGGGGCUGCCCUCACUCCCCCACCGCCACCCCCCCAGGAGAAGGAGCGACAGCGCCUGGAGAACCUGCGGCGGAAGGAGGAGGCCGAGCAGCUCCGCAGGCAGAAGGUGGAGGAGGACAAGCGGCGACGGCUGGAGGAGGUGAAGCUGAAGCGUGAGGAGCGCCUCCGCAAGGUGCUGCAGGCCCGGGAACGGGUGGAGCAGAUGAAGGAGGAGAAGAAGAAGCAGAUCGAGCAGAAGUUUGCUCAGAUCGACGAGAAGACAGAGAAGGCCAAGGAGGAGCGGCUGGCCGAGGAGAAGGCCAAGAAGAAGGCAGCGGCCAAGAAGAUGGAGGAGGUGGAGGCGCGCAGGAGGCAGGAGGAGGAGGCGCGGAGGCUCAGGUGGCUGCAGCAGGAGGAGGAGGAGAGGCGCCACCAGGAGCUGCUGCAGAAGAGGAAGGAGGAGGAGCAGGAGCGGCUGCGGAAGGCGGCCGAGGCCAAGCGGCUGGCGGAGCAGCGCGAGCAGGAGCGGCUGCAGGCCGAGAGGGAGCUGCAGGAGAGGGAGAAGGCCCUGCGGCUACAGAAGGAGAGGCUGCAGAGGGAGCUGGAGGAGAAGAAGAAAAAGGAAGAACAGCAGCGCCUGGCUGAGCAGCGGCUGCAGGAGGAGCAGGAGAAGAAAGCCAAGGAGGCCGCGGCAGCCAGCAAAAGCCUGAACGUGACCGUGGAUGUGCAGUCCCCAGCUUGCACCUCGUAUCAAAUGACUCCACAAGGACACAGGGCCCCCCCCAAGAUCAACCCGGAUAACUACGGGAUGGAUCUGAACAGCGAUGACUCCACCGACGACGAGGCCCAUCCCCGGAAGCCCAUCCCCAGCUGGGCCAGAGGCACCCAGCUUAGCCAGGCCAUCAUCCACCAGUACUACCACCCCCCGAACCUUCUGGAGCUCUUCGGAACCAUUCUCCCACUGGACUUGGAGGACAUCUUCAAGAAGAGCAAGCCCCGCUACCAUAAGCGCACCAGCUCUGCCGUGUGGAACUCGCCGCCCCUGCAGGGCACCAGGGUCCCUGGCAGCCUGGCCUACAGCCUGAAGAAGCACUGAGCCAGGCGCUCGGGCCUGCUCAGCCGUCUCAGCCUUCAUCUGUGUCUGUAUGUCUGUGUCUCUGUUGGUCUGGUGCCAUCCUGCCUGGUAUCCUGUCGCUGAGGGUUCGGUCAAGUGUAUAUAAACGUCCUCUGUGGGCUACAGGUGGAAAGCGGCUCGGGCCUGCUGGGAGGCUGAGCUUGUUGGGUGUUCGGGGAAGACCCAGGCCCAGCCUUGCCUGGUCUGCUGACAGCACUCUGUAAAUAGAUUGUUAGAGUUCAGCUGAAUUUUAGCCUCUAGUGUUUGAGAGCUAGGUUAAUAAAGUCUGUUCCUUCA